AUGGACGAUCCAGAACUGCCUUGGGGCUCUCUCCCAAUUGAACAAUACCUAAUUCAACAUUGGAAUGACUCUGCAACCGAAUCUCCUGCGGAACAACGCCUCCAAUUGAUCAGCGAAUUUCUCAAUCUUGACGAGUUCCCUGCACAGUGGGUUCCUGUUGAUGGGGAGCCAAACCCUGAAACCAAGCCCACAGCUGCCCAAAUCGAAACUAUUCUUCAACCAUGGCGGCCUCUUUCCCUGCGCAAAAAAGCAUGGGAAAUCCUAUACUCCAAUAAGGAGUACCCUCUUCUUCUCCGGACUCACUAUAGUCCAGACCCUCCCCAGAGAUCAAUGGAUGAUGAAAAGAUAGAAGAAUGGGCUCAUGCAUCAGAAAUGCUGCAAGACCGUCUCGACUGGGCAUAUCUCAAUGAUCCAACUUUGUUUAAUUUCGGCCCUGACUGGCAUCGCAUAUACGAAAUCAUGCCCGAAGCUGCCGGUCCUAUGGAUGGCAGCGGUGUACGAAAGCAGGAACCGAGUGAUCUAUCGCUGCCCCAAUUCAAGGACGCUUUGCGUGAGCACAAACAUUUCGAAGAGUGGAAGGAAGAUAAGCAGAAAUAUAUCGAAAAUAUGGCGUCAUCCAUGCAGCGCGAUGUUACAGCAGCAUAUAUGCUUAUCGCUGAUGAGGAGGCUUUCGAGACUGAUCAUCUGCGGCUACUAUAUGUGGACUACAAACUCAAUAUCAUCCGCGAAAGUCGCGUCGAGGCAGAUGGUCAAUGGAUAACAGACUUGAUUAUGGAUUGGGAUCAGGCGGGUAUGUUGGAUGAGUUUUGGGAAAGAGGAAUUGGCGAGAAAUAUCGUGUUGAUGGGGAGUUGGGGGCACCACUAUAUCAGUUGACUGAGGAGGACUGGGCAGAUCCUGAAAAUGCAGAAACCCCAGCUUGA